AUGUUCAACGCGGAUCGCUCUCGGAACUCCUAUACGGAGAGUCCUCUGAAGGACAAUGGGCCACCGCAACGCAUCCCCUCCUCCGGGCUGGCCCGAUCUAGCUCACAAGCCAAGGAAGAUCCAUGGGCUUACGAUAUCCCCCAGAAGCAGCUGAGCAAAGACUACGGGAUAAGGGUGAGGCUGGACUCCGAGGGGACACUCUCUUCGCCAUCAACGGGAGUUAUCGAAUUCCUAGCCCAGAAGAGUCUCCGUGAAGGUGGCUUGUCGUUAUCUCGGUCAGUCGACGAUAUUUCAGCAAGUACCGAAUUCCUUUACGCCUUCUUUCCAACAAUAGUAGCCGUUCUGUACAGCAUCCUGUGGAAUUGGGUCGAUCUAGACGUGAAGAGGAUGCAGCCCUGGUUGGAGCUCUCAAAGGAUGGCGGUGUGCCGGCCCUGGAGGCCCUAAACCUCGAUUAUCCUUACGGUUUCAUUGCGCUGGUUCCUUUUAAAGCCACGAAACGAGGGCAUUGGGCAAUGCCUUCCGGUUUCGUGGCGUCCACGCAGUUGCUAGCCAUACAAAAUCAGUCUGCGGCCCUGGACGGCUCCGUUCUCCAACGCAUGUAUGCCGUCAAGUAUCUGUCCCAGCCGUAUCCUGCCUUCACCACACCCGACUAUGCUCUUGUUCCUUUCGAACUCGCCUCCGGCGGUUUCCCCGACGAAGCGAACUGGACUUCAACGACGACCAAGGUCUGGACAGACAUAAAGUGUUGGCCUGCUCAGUUUGUCCAGGAUGAGCAGCCCGCUUACCAGGCGUACUAUCAUUUCCUCAAUGGCCAAGGUUGCAAUGCUAGUAGCAUUGAGACCGUCGCUAAUCUCGCAAAGCCCCUCUACCGGAUGCAGUAUCUCGGCUGGCAUAACAGCGCCUAUGCGGAGCAGUCCCUCUCGCGCUCCACGUGUCCUAAGCAAUUCUCGCAUCAGUUCCUUGCUAGCAUGAGCCAGGGCCCGGUCAAAAGCCCCGGAUCACCGCCAUGUUUUGUGAGCCGAGCUACUGGAAGCAAAGGUCCGCGUGACCGUGUCUACAGACACGUUUUACCCGCUUAA